CAACACGCACUCUUGGCGCACCACUGUCUCGAUCUCAUCAGCAUUGAGCCCAUCCAUCUUUGUCUAGCUUGCAUUUGACCAUGGCAUCUCUGUUAAAGAAGGUCCAAAAGAAAACUCGCCAGUCCUUAUCGAAUGUGAGUUCCAGAGCAGGUGAGCACUUGGGAAAAGCGGCUUCCAAAGCCGAAGAGCAACUGCAAAAAACGAGAGUGGUAGUCAAUUAUGACAAAUACCUUCUUCACCCUGUGAUACUAGAGGGUCAGUUUUGGAAGCGUCGCAGUGGGAUGGGAGCCAAGAGUCGUACGCGUGCCUGGGAACUCCGGUAUUUUGAGUUGAGGGGAAGCACGUUGCUCUAUUAUGGUGGUGGGGAUGAUGAGGGCACUAUCGAGAAAGAAGGGGAAUACGAGGAGGAUACAACUAAUGCUACUAUUGAAGGCAAGGACCAAGAAGGACCGAGGGGACACCUUGAUUUUUCCGAAGAAAAGGCACUGGUGCAUGCAUCGUUGGGACAUCCAUCCGGCGCUCCCAGUCCCUUUUGUCUGUCGAUUGUGGUGGGUAUCUCGCACGAGCAGACCAAAUGGAAGUUGUGCUUUGAAGAUCAAGCUACUUUGAUGCAGUGGUUGGCAGUGUUGACCAAUGUGGUGGUACAGCACAGUGUCGAUGGAUACAAUGUCCAAUUACUGCAUGCGGCCAAUCCUACCAACCACAGCAAUAAUAGUGCGACGCCACAAGGGUUUCUCAGAAAACCACGUGUGUACGAACCCCAACAAUCUUCUUCUGUCACCUCUAAUACUACUUCUACUCAUACUACAGUGGCACCAUCCCAUCAUCAACUGUGGCUUACCAAAGACUACAGUCUUUGUAGCACUGGUCCAAAAGUGGAAGCGAGAGAUGGAGCUAUCAUUAUUUCUGCUCCAGAUGAUGACAAUGCCAUGAUUGUACAAGCAAUCCAACGCCGUCAUAGACAGGAAUUGGAACAACGAGAUUCUGCCUAUCGCCAACAGUUACAGGAUUUGCAACACAAGAUUGUGGAACUGACCAUGGCGGCCGCCGACACGAGAGCCAAACACAACCAACAAGUCCGCGAUUUACAAAAGGAAGUGUGUGACUUUGCCAGAAUUGCGCAGCGGAGUGAUGACGAUGAUGAUGAUGAUUAA